AAGUACAGGUGGGCGCCUCUACUGCCCCCUGCUGGUCAGCAGCUGCAUUGUCCAUCACGCAAACAUGUUAUUUUAAACGGCGACGCGGUUUGUUCAUUUAAGCCCCUGCACACACACAUAAGGAUUAUCAUCAUCACCGCCGUGUGUUACAGCCUCUUUUCACUGGAGUCGCCCUGUGUUAUGGGCUCAGUGCUGCAGGAGAGAGGGGGAGGCGUCAUCGUCAUCAGGGGGGAGACGGAGAGCAAGAAGAAGAAGAAGAAGAAGGAGGCGACAUGGAGCAACAACAAGCCCAAUGAGCUCAGUAACAAAAUGGGAAGACGGCAGUCACAAAGGAAGUCAGUGCAGCCACAGUGCACCUUCACAAGUCAAGAGAACAAUAAUGACAAAAAACUGCCACAAAGACGAAAGCACAAGCCCCACACUGCCCUGUCCAAAUGCAAUAACUGCCAACACAGUUCUCAGGGAACAUUGGAGACCAAGUCUCAUCUACUGUCCCCAGCUGAAGACAGGACGGUGCCAAAGGUGCAGCUGGCUGCUCGGCUUUGUGGCCACAGUGAGAUGAAGCCCACAGGAUCCAGGAGGAGCAGACACACACCAGCUUUUCCCUGUCACCAUCUGUCUGAUUCCAGCCCCGAUCUGGUGGAGAGACCUUCACCGAAACCAGCGGUGGGACAGCUGAGUGGCCAUGGAGAUGGUGACAGUGACACUGACUUGUCUGAGUCAGAGAGACUUCCCGUGUCGUCCUCAGACCGGGUUCCUCCACAACUCGAGCUGAGGCCAGACACCACAGCGCCUGAAGACUGGUCAGCUCGCAGCCCCAGGCCGCGACACAGUCGCAGCAGUUCUGACUUUCCGGAUUUUCUUCCUCCACCUUUUAACUCCUGGAACCUCAGUCAGCUUGCUCUUCUCUACAACAUGGAGAAGAGUAUUGGGGCGUCUCGGCCCAAGCCAAUGGGAUGUCUGGAAAGAUACCUCGAGAAGCUGCUGCAGCUGGAGUGGUGUCAGGUUCAGACUACCCAAGAGGAGAGUGGGAGUUCGUCUGUGUCAGAUGUGAUAUCUGGCUGCCACAGGUCACCUGCGGCUGCCUCGUCACGCCUCAGCACACCGAAGUGUAUCCUCCAGUGUCAGCGUGCGUUCCCCCUCACCUUGCUUUCCUCCCUGUCCUGUCACUCCACAAUGCUCUCCAGCUGUGCCUGCACUCUGAACCGCAUCCGCCACUCCGUUUGUAACACGCCAGGCUGCCACGCCACCCACAGUCCCAGCUGUACAUCGAGACUGAGUCCCAUGCUGGAGCAGAGACGUCCCGUAUCACUGCCUAAAAGGAGCUGCAGCGAGAGCCGGGUGCAUUUCUCAGACAGGAGCACAGUUUCCCGAGCUCAGAGGUUGAGCAGCCCGGUGAGGGCCAACAGCUAUCUGAGGAGAAUGCAAGCCUCAGGAAACAUCCGCAACUCAACUCCAGGCACUAACACCAAACCUCACGCCACUGCCAGGGACUGGAGUGUUGGAGCACGGGGACACGUGAUGGACUACAGGACUGAAGAGUUCAGGAAGAGGAGCAGCUCAGAACAGAGGAGAUGCGGAGGAGCAGAGAGACACCAAAAUGGAUCAGAGAGAAGACGGAGUGGUUCUGAGUGUAGAAGAGGAGUAACUGAGCGGAUGAGACUAGUUGAUCUGAAGGAACCAGAAAUCAAACCAGAUGCUGUCACUGCAAUUAUGGACAAUUUAUCUGCAUCCAAAUUUCCUCCUGGUCACAGGCCAAACAGGCCAAAACAAGUGGAGUUUGUUACAUGAUAGCACCUGGAGUUGUUUUGGUGUGAUCUGUAUGUGACAGCUGCUCAUUUUCAAAUACUGUAGUGCUGCAACUAAUGAUUGUUUUCAGCAAUCCCACUAUAUAUUAUUCUGCGCCAUUAACUAGUUCCACAUACUUCAACGUAGAAACUUAAUUCAAACUUCAAAAUGUUGAGCUCAGGACAUUAUUCUGUCCAUAUGAAAUUUGUUCAUACUUCAUUCCAAAAUAUUCCACUUUUUUCAGAGAAAAUUUCUCAUUCCAAUGAAUAUUCUUAAGGUACACUCAUUUUCUACUUUACUGGUCCGACAUAAUUCAACAGUAAUUAAUCAUUUGAACUUCAAAACAUUCACAAGAAGACACAGACAAUCACACACAGUCACAGUUAUAAAGUCAUCAUAAUUUUCAGCCUCUUCCAGAAUAUUUGUAUUGCAAGGAUGACAUCAAAUACUAGAGUGGAGAGAGGUUUAACUUUUAAGAAAAUGUUUCUUCAACUUGCUCUCCAUUUCACAAACUUCACUCUCCAUGCAUGACUUUCUACCAGAACGUAGACAAAUGUGUCUCUUUUCAUACAAUGUGACUACCAAAGCACAGUGACUUACAGAAUUUGAACUGCAACUCCUCUCAAAAAUGAGAGGAGAACCAUUCAGCAUAGAGCACAAUACAAACGGUAAUGGCAUAUUUCCAUCAGCUUGCCUCGCCACGGCAUGGUUUUCCACUCGCAUAGUAACUGGUACCAGGUACUAUUUUUAGUACCUGCUCCUGUGAGGUUCCAAAAGCGUGCUGAGUAGGUACUAUGCAAUGAUUGGUCAGACUGCUGGCCACUGACUGGCCAGAGUGCCAUCUGGUGUAUUUAGGGACAACACCGCUGAUCGUGAGCGGCAUAAACACUGCCGCUGUAGUCAGAAAUCAAGCCGAACAGUGCCAAACUGUAGAUCAGUUAAAACUACUUAACAAUCCUAAAAACGUGGAUUGAUUUCCAACAACUACCAGGAGUCUGGUGUAUUUAGGGACAGCACUGCUGAUCAUAGACCCUGCCGCUGUGUUUCAGUCCAGCGACUGUGUCAGAUGGAGUCUGUGCUCUGGUCAUGGAGGAAGUACUGAACAAAUAUUUUUAAUUAACUUAUUCUAGUAAUUUGAUUCAGUUACACUGAAAACAACUGCUUUACAAGUCACUAGUCACUCGUUUGUGUGUGUGUG